CCUUGGGACCUGCCCUCGUGCUGCCCGUGUCCCCAUGGCCCUGGGGACCUGCCCUCACCCCCCUGGGGACCUGCCCUCGUGCUGCCCGUGUCCCCAUGGCCCUGGGGACCUGCCCUCCUGCUGCCCCCCCCGCAUCCCUGUUCUCCUGUCCCCACGCCCCCGGGGUUUGCAUCCAGGACCCGUGGGACUGUCACGGUCCCCAUCAGCAUCCCCAGCCCGGGGCAGGCCAGGCCGGCGGGGAUUUGCCCUUCUGGUUCCCUCCUGGGCACGCUGGCCCAGGGACGCUCUCCUGUGCCCCCAGCUCCCCUGCCAGGAACGGGGUACACGGAGCCGGUCGCUGUCUCUGCUGCUGGAGACGCCUCUCCUGGGGCCAUUUCCACGUCCGCUGGUGGCUCCCGCUGACAUCCAGCCCUCCCCUCACCCGCUGUGCUGAUGGAGCUCAGCCCGCAGAGCUGGGGCUCGUCUUCGGACCAGCACGGAUGGGGGCUGAGGGCGGGCGAGUUUUGGGCUGCGCCGAGCCCCGUGGCUGCCCUGCUCUGCCCUUUCUCCCUCACCCAGCCCUGCAGGAACCAAAUGUCAUGGCUGACAAAGAGCUGAGUGCCCGAGCUGCCAAAAAGGGAAGUUUGUCACCCAGUGGCUCACGGGGCAGCACGACCGAGUCGAGCACGCUGCUGCAGGAGCUGAAAAGCAGCAUCUCCAAAUCCGUGCAGAACAAAGUGGACUCCAUCCUGCAAGAUGUCCAGAAGUUCUCAGACAAUGACAAGCUCUACCUCUACCUCCAGCUGCCGUCGGGACCAAGCUUGGGGGAAAAGAGCGGUAGCCUGGACCUGAGCUCGCUGAGCACAGCUGAGUACAUGCACGCGUGCAACUGGAUCCGAAACCACCUGGAAGAGCACACGGACACCUGCCUGCCCAAGAAGGAUGUCUACGACGCCUACAAGCGAUACUGCGAUAACCUCUGCUGUCGCCCACUGAGCACUGCCAAUUUCGGCAAGAUCAUCCGGGAGAUCUUCCCAAACAUCAAAGCCCGACGGCUGGGAGGUCGAGGACAGUCGCAGUACUGCUACAGCGGGAUCCGGAGGAAGACGGUGGUCAGCCUGCCGCCCCUGCCCAGCCUGGACCUCAAAGUGACAGAGACCCAGCCAUCGGAGCUGUCGGACCUGGUGCAGUCCUACAACAGCGAGGUGAUGGAGGCGGCCUGCGCCCUGACCUGCGACUGGGCCGAGAAGAUCCUCAAACGCUCCUUCAACAACAUUGUGGAGGUGGCCCAGUUCCUCAUCCAGCAGCACAUCAUCAGCUCCCGCUCGGCCCGUGCCGACCUGGUCAUGGCCAUGGUGGUCUCAGAGAGCACGGAAAAGAUCCACCGUGAGGGUCGGACCCCACUGACGACGAAGAAGAACGGCCUGGACGCCUCCGAGAGCGGCGACAGGAGCCAGGGGCAGAUCAAGAAGGACAGCAGCCCCAAGCCCCCCGGCACGCCCCGGCCCGAGAAGAAGAAGCCCCCGGAGCCCCCCAAGGCAGCCAGCAGCCCCCAGGUGAACGCCCUGGUCGCCCGCCUGCCCCUGCUCCUGCCCCGCAUCCCGCCGGGGGAACGACCAACGGCGCCUGGUGCCGCGGCCAUCCGCUCCUCCCCUCCCAUCCUGGCACCCAAAAUCACGGCCACCCCCCUGGGGGGCACGGUCAAGGUGGCCCUGCCGCUGCCGGUGGGCACGGCCUCCCCCUCCCUGCCCCUGGGGCUGGCCCCGGGGGCCAACGGGGCGGCCGGGCUGCUGAGCCAGCAAGCCGCUGUCCCCGUCCUCAACGUGCUGCUGCCCGGCGUGGGCGUCCCCGCGGCCGAGAGCCCCGCCAACCCCCGGAGCGUGGGGGGCGGCGAGGGUCCCGGCCCCCAGGACUCGCAGCGCCCCAGGGCCACCAAGCGUCCCCUGGAGCCGGCCGGCGACGCCGCCCCGCAGAAGCGGAGACGUGGGCGGCCGCGGAAGAGGCCGGAGGAAGGGGUCGGGGGGUCCCCAGGGGGGAUGGCUCUGGGUGCCGGUGACGGGGGCUCGCCCGGUGGUGGCAGUGCCCCCGGCCCCCUCGGGGACAGCCCCGGGGGGGGCUCCCUGCCCACCCAGGUCAGCGUCAUCCACGAUGGCAGGACCGGCGCCAAGGUCGCCAGCAACGGCCGCGAGCUGGCACCGGAGGAGGAGGCGGCACAGCGGAGCCCAAGCGCCACCGGGUCCCCCCUGGGUGACAGCGGGGGCUCCUGCGCCCCCCGGGACGGGCAGGGCCCCCCCCUCACACCGUGCGAUGGACACACGCCGGCAGGGACCAGUCCCGCUGCUGCUGCCGCCUCCCAGCCCUCGGACGUGUCCCCCCAUGUCCCCGUGUCCCGGGGGGGCUCUCCGGGGCGGGCAGGGCUCUGCGCCCCCCCCGGCACUUAGGGGCCCGGCCCCCCCCCAACCACCCCCCCCCCGGGACCCCGCCGGGUGCGGGUGCCCCCCGUGCCCUGCGCCCCGCCAUUAAAUGCCAA